UGACCUUUUAUUCGACGGACUGUCUUAGGGGAAGCAAAUUAUUUGUUUAUGUUUUUUUAAAUGAGGUUUUCAGGCAUUGUCCCCGGCUGCCUCUUUCAUUCUCUUCUCAUUCAAGAUGGCGGGCGACGAGUCUGGAACAACGCUGGGUCAGCCGCACUUGGCCAAACAAGACCUCAGCACUCUCGAUGUGUCCACCUUGGAGACUCUGUCCCCGGAGAUCAUCAGCCGGCAGGCCACCAUCAACAUUGGCACCAUCGGCCACGUGGCCCACGGGAAGUCCACGGUGGUGAAAGCCAUCUCAGGCGUUCACACCGUCCGCUUCAAGAACGAACUGGAGAGGAACAUCACCAUCAAGCUGGGCUAUGCUAAUGCUAAGAUCUACAUGCUGGACGACCCCAGCUGUCCCCGGCCCGAGUGCUACCGCUCUUGUGGCAGCAGCACCCCCGACGAGUUCCCCACAGACAUUCCCGGCACCAAAGGCAACUUCAAACUUGUCAGACACGUGUCCUUCGUGGACUGCCCCGGUCACGACAUCUUGAUGGCCACCAUGUUGAACGGCGCCGCCGUCAUGGACGCCGCCCUCCUGCUGAUCGCGGGGAACGAGUCCUGUCCUCAGCCGCAGACGUCCGAGCAUCUGGCCGCCAUAGAGAUCAUGAAGCUGAAGCACAUCCUCAUCCUGCAGAACAAGAUCGACCUGGUGAAGGAGAGCCAGGCCAAGGAACAGUACGAGCAGAUCCUGGCCUUCGUGCAGGGCACGGUGGCCGAGGGCGCCCCCAUCAUUCCCAUCUCAGCUCAGCUGAAGUACAACAUUGAGGUGGUGUGCGAGUACAUCGUGAAGAUGAUCCCUGUUCCCAUCCGGGACUUCUCCUCCAAGCCCAGACUCAUCGUCAUCAGGUCUUUUGACGUCAACAAGCCCGGCUGCGAAGUGGACGACCUGAAAGGGGGCGUGGCAGGAGGGAGCAUCCUGAAGGGCGUGCUCAAGGUGGGCCAGGAGAUCGAGGUGCGGCCGGGCAUCGUGUCCAAGGAUGACGAAGGCAAGCUGAUGUGCAAACCCAUCUUCUCCAAGAUCGUCUCGCUCUUCGCCGAACACAACGAUCUCCAGUACGCCGCGCCCGGAGGCCUCAUCGGUGUGGGCACCAAGAUCGACCCCACGCUGUGCCGAGCGGACCGUAUGGUGGGUCAGGUGCUGGGUGCCGUCGGCGAGCUGCCGGAGAUCUUCACCGAGUUGGAGAUCUCCUACUUCCUGCUCAGGAGGCUGCUGGGCGUGCGCACAGAGGGAGACAAGAAGGCCGCCAAGGUCCAGAAGCUUUCCAAGAACGAAGUGUUGAUGGUGAACAUCGGGUCGCUGUCGACGGGCGGCCGCGUCAGCGCCGUCAAAGCCGAUCUGGCCAAGAUCGUCCUGACCAAUCCCGUCUGCACUGAAGUGGGAGAGAAGAUCGCUCUGAGUCGACGUGUGGAGAAACAUUGGCGUCUGAUUGGCUGGGGACAGAUCAGGAGGGGCGUGACUAUCACGCCCACAGUGGACGACGACUGAGAACCACCACGCUGGACGUUUACUUAUCGCAUCACAACCCGCCUCGUUUUUUAUUUCACAUUCUUCUUUCUCGCCAAAGAGUAUGGACGGGCAGGACGCCAGUGUGGCGAGGAGGCGCUUUGGACUGUCAAUCAUCCUCCACUGGAGCGGUUUCAGUGCAGCUAACUCUUUAUCCUUCUCAUCCAAUAAAGUGCAUUUGGAACUAA